AUGCCUCACCCAUUUCCCUACAUACCCAUUUCCUCUGCCAUGCCUCACCCCAGACAGCAACCCAGACCCCUUACCCCUCUACCCACACCCUUCUCACAACGGCUCAGCAGCGGCACACAGCAGCGACACCGGCUCAGCAGCGGCACACAGUGGCGAUCAACACAGCAGCGACACCAACGGCGUUCAACACAGCGGCACACAGCGGCUCACCAAGCUAAGCCCAGGUACCUCCCUCUCCCCCUUCCACUACCAGCAACAACGGGCCUCCCAGUGCCACUUCUUACACCUAUCAAGUAUCUCACGUAUCUCCUCUUCCUCAAUACGUUCUCCAUUGUUGUAAGUUGUAACCCCACCCGAACAUCCUACACACCAGCUGCUCAACGAAUUGUCAAGCCGAAUUUCUUGGCCAUUGAAUUGCAAGACAAAGUAUUAGGUUCAAUUGAAUCAUCGAAGAAAGCUCACCGCCUUGAGGUUGUUGGUAUGUACAUUACGCCAAUGUGGUCUUUACACUAUUGGGAUUUGGAAGGAAGUGAAUUUGAUGUUGUGAUGCUUCUUUGGAGGAAGAGAGUGGUUGUGAAAUAG